AUGUCCUCCUCUUCGACCCGCCUCAUCAAGUCCGUCGCCCUCGCCGGUGCCGGCAACCUCGGAGCCUCCUUCCCUGAGCACCUGCUCGCCGAGGGCUUCGAGACGACCGUCCUCACGCGCGCCGGGUCCAACAAGUCGUUCCCGGCCGGCGUCAAGAUCAAGGAGGUCGACUACACGUCCGCCUCGUCGCUCGAGUCGGCCCUCGAGGGCAUCGACGCCGUCAUUGCGACACUCACGGCGUACGACUCGCAGACUGAGCUCAUCAAGGCGGCGGGCAAGGCCGGCGUCAAGCUGUUCGUCCCGUCCGAGUUCGGCAACGUCACGACCAGCCUCAAGGAGGACGCGCACCCUGCGCUCGCCGGCAAGGGCGUCGCUCAUGGCCAGCUCAAGGAGGCGGGCCUGCCUGCGGUCCUCGUCUUCGCCGGUCCGUUCCCCGAGACCACCUUUGGCGUCCCCUCCUUUGGCGCCAACUUUGCCGAGAACAAGAUGACAAUCUUUGGCAAGGGCGAGACGCCAAUCUCGUGGACGACCCGGCGCGAGAUCGCCCGCUUCACGGCGCACCACCUCGCGACGCUCACGUCGCUCCCGGCCGUCGGCGAGCCGACCAUCCUCCGCCUCGAGGGCUCGUCGGCCUCGUUCCUCGACGUCGUCGCCAUCUACAAGCGGCUGCACCCGACGCGCGAGCUCGACGUGCAGCACGUCCCGCUCGAGCACCUCGAGAAGGCGGCCAAGGACGUCGAGGGCGGGUUCCUCGAGAGCCUCGUCGCGUACCUGCUGCUCUCUUGGGAGCAGGGCUACGGCAAGACGGACGAGGCGGGCAAGCACGAGCUUAGCAAGUGGGACGAGUGGAAGCCGCAGUCGCUCGAGGAGGUGCUCAAGGAGCUCACGGCCGACCUCUGAGUAGCUCUCUCUCGGGCCUUACUGUAAUACUCUGUGUAUGACG